AAAAAAUUGUAGUACUUUAAAUACAAUAAAUACCAUGUCGUUUGACUAUUACGUUAAUAAAUGGAUAAUUACAAAGAAAAAUCUAGAAAAUCUAACGCUAAAAGAUGAGGUUUGGAGGCGAAGAGAGAAACCUGUCAAUGAUCGAAUAAUGGCCAAUCUACUCUUUGGAGAUUUCUAUGCCAGAUACUGUAUGUUAUACCAAGAUUUGGAUAAUUGCAUAGACCAAAUGGUUCAACCACAAAAACGUAUAACGGUGAAAAAGAUUGUCGACGCAGCAGCUGUUAGACUUAUGGAAUUUAAUGCCAUUUUGCGUGAACUGGAUCUUUCAGAGUACCAUUACAUAGAUGGGACUUUGGUAGAACUAAAACUUGUUCCUUAUGAUGUAGAAAUACUGCAUCCAGCGUUAUUCCAUCACAGACCUAUAGAUGUAGAAGAUAUGUGGAAGAAGAUACAAAAAGGGGAAAAAAUUUUUGCACCUGCGCCAUUGGAAACUUCAGAAAAGGAACAAGAAGGCGAUAUUUUUGUGACAAAAUCAAUAUUAAAGGGUUUGCAGCAAUCAGAAGAAGCGAACGAUGAGCAGGAAACUGACGCAUCCAAAAAGAAAAAACGGGAGAGAAAGAAAGUAAUUGUUGAAGAACAACCAACAUUAUCUAGUGAAGAAAAUAAUGAAAUUAAAAGAAUACAGUUAAGGACAGAAAAUAUUCUGUUAAUACAAACUGCUGAAAGAGCUAGACAAGGAAGGAUGUAUUUUCUUGUUAAAAGCAUGUUUUAUAAUCAAACGCAACAAUUGAAGGAUAAACAGGCCAAAAAUCAGGUAAAACAAGAAGAUUUACAAGAGCUUGUAAAAAAUCAAGCAAAUGCAGAAGUUGAAGCAAGUAUUAAAGUUCAAAGUGCUUGGAGAGGGUUUGCUUCAAGGAAAAGGGACAAAUACACUGAAUCCCAAAGAAGAUUUCUAAUAGGAAUGUAUGAACCAGUCUGGAGAAAUUUAGAAUAUAAAGAAACCUUUGAAUCUAAUCUAGAAAAAAGAAGGGAAUAUCGAGACCAAAGAAUAAGAGAGUACAUCCAAGCUAUAGAUAGUGAACAAGCUAGAAUUCUCAGGGUGGUAGCACCUGGACUCAUGGAGGACAUAGGAGACGAAAUAAGAGAAUGGUUUAGAGUUUGGUAUAAAGAAGUAAAACAGUUCGACAACAUUCCUCCAGAAGAUAAAGGCGGAACUAUCUUAGUAGUGCGUGGGGAAACGAUGACGCCAAAAGAAUUUUUAGAUGAAGUUGAGAGAAAACGUAGAGAAAAAGUUAAAGCAGGAGGCGAAAAGGCAAAAAAAGAAAAGGAGCGAAAAGAAAGGGAGAAGCUGAAAAAAGCUGAAAAAGAUAAAAAGAAAAAGGAGUUGGAACAAAAAAAGAAGAUAGCUGCAGCUAAAGCGGCGAAAAAAAAGAAAAGAAAACCAGGGGAAUAUGAGUAUGAUUUUGAGGAACCUGUUGCAGAUCCUCUUUAUCGAGAGGGAAUGGAAGAACACCUAAAUAUUUGGGAUUUACGAAACGACUACGACAAUCCUUUAGAGAAACAUUACACAGAUAUUAUAACAGAAAAGCAGUACUUGGAAAAUCAGUUGGAAUGUCGAAAAAUCGUUGAUAACAUGAUGAGAGUGGAACUAGACAUACUUAACGAUGCUUUAGAUGAGGAUCGUGUCCGUUAUGGACUCAAACGAAUAAAAAGAAAGAAACAAAAAAAAGGUAAAAAGAAAAAAGGCAAAAAAGGUAAAAAGGGCAAGAAAGAUCUUACGGGAAAUAUACCAGUAGAACAGCUUUUCCAAGAACUUGUUGAUAACCAAAUAAUAAGAACCUAUCCCAAAGUAAGUUUAGAGGAUUUUCAUGGAGAUUUUAAUUAUAACAACUGGGACUUAAGAAACCUGGACUUUGAUCCUCCGGCUGGUUUACUGGACGUCCGACAAGCAGUUGUUAUGAAUUGUAUACUUCCUCUAGGAGUUGAAGCGAUGAAAAGACCUAGAUCGGUUCUUAUACUCGGUCCUGAAAAAAGCGGAAAACAUCUUCUUGCAAACGCCAUUUUUAAUGCUACCAGGUGUGUUUUAUUCGAUCUUUCUCCAGAAACGCUAUCGGGAAGAUACGAAGGUCCUACUGGUAUGCGAAUGUUACUACACUUAAUCGAUAAAAUGUCCAAACUUCUUGCUCCUUCUAUUAUAUAUUUUAGGGAAGCCGAGAAACCAUUCUAUAAAAAAGUUCCCAAAAAGGACAAGGAACUAAAUCCUAAGAGAAUUGGAUCUAAAAUUAAUUCAAUCAUAAAAGGUAUUAAGCCAGCCGAUAGAGUGUUAGUCCUCGGUGUGACUAACCAACCGUGGGCGGCUCAAGCCAAAUUAAGGAAAGUAACGAAAGACUAUCCCCUUCCUGUACUCAGAGAAGUACUAGAACACAUAUUGGUACCUAGGAGAAUCAUCCAGCUCCAUUUUAAGCCUCUCAAAUCCGAAGAAAUUUACGAAUAUUUUAUUCAACAUGAUAUCACACCGGUAACUGACAAAAUGUGGAGAAAAUAUCAGAAAUGGUACAACAAGACCAACUUGGGAAAGCAACAAACCAGGUUUAAUAAAUGGGCUAAGGAUAAAAGAGAUGCUUUAGAAAAAAAGAGGAAAUGAUUAUUUUAUAAUUUACAAAAGC